AUGCUGGUCUAUGUCACAGACAACCAGCGUUGUUGCAACGCCACAUGGGACAUGCUAGAUGUUUGGCUAUGCUGGAGCCUCGAAGAGCUCCAGCAGGGUGUUUGGUCUGGAACAGACCCAUGGCAAAGGCCACUUGAAUCCCGGAAGCACAAAGCUGGCCUUCCCAUUGCUUGUGGAUGGAAGGCAGUUUCCAGUGAUGAGUUUGCCAAUGGAUGUCGAUACAACCCGUGGACCAACCUCAGCGGCUGGCACAUCGAGGUUGUUUCAGGAGAUUGGCUUCAUGUUGUUGAUUUGACACUUGUCCCAGAGGCAGCUGCUUCAGUUGCGCGCAGCUGUGUUCGUGAAUCUGUAUGGCAUGCGGAGGGCAAUGUCUGGACAAGGUGCACUUCUUGCGGAAGACAGAAUCCGCCAGCUUGA